AUGGACAUUGAUUCGUGCAUCUGGCUAAUACUGUGUGCAACUGGAGUGACGGGACAGUUCCAAGUGGAGCCUCUUGAUUCCACAGUUCUGAAAGGCUCGGAUGCACGAUUCAACGCCACUGUGCUGGGGAAAUGGGAGGUCAUGACUUGGAAUGUGCGAGGUUUUCUGGUCCUCACCGUUCCCAGAAGUGGUAACAUAUCCUCGUCCUCGGAACAGUUUUCUGCCUCCUUCUGUUCCGCUGACGACACCGGCUGUGUGGCGUUCACCAUCCGCAACACUUCCCGUAUGGAGGCUGGGCCGGUCAUCUGCACUGUACAGGGAGACUAUGGAUCAAAGUCAGCACUGCUACAUGUUGAAGAGAGCGGCACAGUCCAGAUCAAGGAAGGUGAUAUGAAGGUGGUCCAAGACGAGGAGGUGGAGUUCAACUGUGUGACCUCAGCUUGGUUUCCUAGCCCUGUGGUCAGCUGGAACCUGAAUGGUGACACUGUGGAUAGCAGCCAUUACAACAGUACUCACGUGGCUCAUGGAGAUUCCUUCAACUCCUCCAGUGUCCUGAAGUUUCACGCUGUGAAAAAUUCGAUGGUGGAGUGUUUGGCGAUGCUGCAAACGCUAUCAAACCCGCUAUCCACCUCGGUCCACUUUGUGGUCGUGCCCAGGCCUCCAGACUGGACCGUCCUGAUAGCUGUGGUUUGCUCCUUUGGAGGUUUUGCUCUGGUAGUUUUACUCAUCCUUGGGAUAAUCUUUUGCUACAAACGCAAGAAAGAAAAAGAACCCAACUACCAAGAUGAAAUGACUAAAAGAGUAAGGACACAGAGCCAGUUGAGUGGGCUGAGACCACCUGGACACAAACAAGGUCGAGUCAAUGCAGAUUAUGUGACAGAUGGUCAAACAAAUGCCUGA